AUGAGUCGACAGUGUAGUUCCAGGUCGAUGUGUGGGGGUAGCCGGGGCUUUAGCUCCGGCUCUGCCGGUGUGGUCAGCUUCCACCGCAGGUCCACCAGCAGCUCUGUGCGCCGCAGCGGUGGAGGAGGAGGUGGUGGAGGCGGUGGUGGGCGAUUCUCAGGAGGAUUCUGUGGAAGAUAUAGUGGUGGUGGUGGUUUUUCAAGCAAGAGCGUUACUGACCUUGGUGGUGGCCGGAGCAUCUCCUCCUGUGUGGCUGGAGGAGGUGGACGGAGUGGUUUUGGUGGUGGCUUUGGUGGUUUUGGUGGUGGCAGUAGCUUUGGCGGUGGUUUCGGCAGUGGUGGUUUUGGUGGUGGUAGUUUUGGCGGUGGUAGUUUUGGCAGUGGGGGUGGUUUUGGUGGGGGUGGUUUUGGGGGUGGUGGGUUUGGAGGUGGUGGAUAUGGCGGUGGUUUUGGGCCUGUCUGCCCCCCUGGUGGCAUACAGGAAGUCACCAUCAACCAGAGCCUCCUUCAACCCCUCAAUGUGGAGGUUGACCCUGAGAUCCAAAAAGUAAAGUCUCAAGAAAGAGAGCAGAUCAAGACACUCAACAACCAGUUUGCUUCUUUCAUCGACAAGGUGAGGUUCCUAGAGCAGCAGAAUCAGGUGCUGCAAACAAAAUGGGAGCUGCUCCAGCAGGUGGAUACCUCCACCAGAACCCACAGUUUAGAGCCUUACUUCGAGUCAUACAUCAGCAAUCUCAGAAAGAAAUUGGACCAACUGAAGGGUGACCAAAAUCGGAUGGACUCAGAACUGAAGAACAUGCAAGAUAUGGUAGAGGAUUACCGGAACAAGUAUGAGGAUGAGAUCAACAAACGGACAAAUGCAGAGAAUGAAUUUGUGACCAUCAAGAAGGAUGUGGAUUCUGCUUAUAUGAACAAGGUAGAUCUUCAAGCCAAAGUGGACAACUUGCAGCAUGAAAUUGAGUUCUUAACAACACUCUACCAAGCGGAGCUGUCACAGAUGCAAACUCACAUCAGUGAAACCAAUGUGAUCCUGUCCAUGGACAACAACCGCAGCCUGGACCUGAACAGCAUUAUUGAAGAAAUCAAGGCCCAGUAUGAGGACAUUGCCCAGAGGAGCAAGGCUGAGGCUGAGCGUGUAUACCAGAGCAGAUAUGAGGAGCUGCAGAUCACUGCUGGGAAACAUGGUGACAGCGUGAAGAACUCAAAGAUGGAGAUUUCUGAGCUGAAUCGGGUAAUCCAGAGACUUAGAUCUGAAAUCGACAGUGUCAAGAAGCAGAUCUCCAACCUCCAGCAGUCCAUCAGUGAUGCUGAACAGCGUGGUGAGAGUGCCCUGAAAGAUGCCCAGAACAAACUGAAUGAGCUGGAAGAUGCCCUGACACAGGCCAAGGAGGACUUGGCUCGGCUGCUGCGUGACUACCAAGAUCUGAUGAAUACUAAGCUGGCCCUGGAUAUGGAGAUAGCUACUUACAGAACUCUCCUGGAAGGAGAGGAGAUCAGGAUGUCUGGAGAAUGUACCCCGGAUGUGAGUGUGUCGGUGAGCACCAGCCACACCAGCAUGAGUGGAAGUAGCAGCCGAAGAGGAGGUGGUUAUGGAGGCUCAGGAGGCGGCAGCUAUGGUGGCUCUGGAGGCGGUGGUAGCAGUGGGGGCUAUGGCUCCGGAGGUGGCAGCUACGGCUCUGGCGGUGGCGGCGGCGGUGGCUCUGGAAGCUAUGGAGGCUCCGGAGGCAGCGGAGGCCACAGAGGUGGCUCUGGAGGAGGUGGAGGCAGUUCUGGCGGCCGGGGCUCCGGCGGUGGGAGCUCAGGAGGUAGCUAUGGCUCCUCCUCCGGAGGCCGGGGAUCCAGCUCUGGGGGUGUCAAGAGCUCUGGUGGUUCUAGUGUGAAGUUUGUUUCCACCAGUUAUUCCCAGGCAACCAGAUAA